AUGCCACCCAACUUAUCGAUAACUUUUAUCGAAGCAGCACACAACGACGACAACACCGACAUAGAGGUGAUUGUGCUGUGGAAGGGUUCAACUUUAGACAAAUACACUUUGUUUAUGAAUGGCAAAGUGAAAACAUCUAUUUUGGUAAAGAGUACAAACGUUGGCAUCAAACAAUGUAUUUUGAGUAAUGGCAAUUUACUAUUUAGGUUUCAAAUAAGUCUUGUUGAUGAAGCUGAGUUUGAAAAGUGUCACUCAUUUUUGAAGAAAUGCCCGUUCAAGAAUAUGAACAUGGUUAACACUGAUGCCAGGUGUUCCAAGAGUUGGUCCACCAAUGCAAGUCAAACUAGGGAAGAAAUUGAGUGCAUAGAUAAUGUAUCUAGUCAAAUUGGAAGAAACACUCAGGCUGGUGAAACUUCCUAUAGUACUUCAUUCCUGCUGCAACUUGUGACAGCUGGGUCUAUAGAUGUUGCUCAAACCCAUAACCCGCAGCAACAGCAAAGCAUCCAAGAAAAGCUUCAUUUGUUAAAGUCAGAAACGUCACAACUUUCACAAGAGCAGCAAACGCAUUUGCAACAACAACAACAACAACAACAAGCAACUCAAUUUUUGGGAACUCCAAUUUGUAUGCACCUUCCUUCCAACAUUAAUGAUUACUACUCUUCUCAACCAGUGCAGCCCACACAGAAAGCUGUUCAGUCCAUGGCUUCUUAUUCCCAAUUGCCACUACAACAACCACAGAGUCAAGUGCCCUUGCAACAGCUGCAUUUUCAACAGCCCCUUUCAAGCUGGCAACAAAAUUCUUCCCACCAACAGCACCAGUCUCAACAAAGUCAGGAAUACCAGGCUUCGACACAACCCCAGUUUGCUCCUCCUCCUCUCCAAGUCUAUGCAGUUCCUCAACUGAGUCAGACGCUCAAACCAACUAGUGUACCAGUCUUUACAGAACUGUUACCAACUCAAAAUUCUCAGAAAUUGAGCGAAAUGUCCAAUAAUUAUGUGACCGCAACCGACUCCAUUCCAUCGAUAGCUAUAAAUGACUUGAAAGAUUUCGCGUCCUUGACUGACACUGAAUUGAAUGCACUCAUAAGCUUGAAGGAGCUAAAUCAGGCACAUGUCGGUAUAUCCAACCCACCACCAGCGACUUUUUCAUUUGAGUUUUUCGUCCCCAAGACGUCACAAGGUGUACAAAACUUGUACGACAGAAUGGAUAGAAUGUAUGACUUGAACCCUAUAUUCAUCGAUAUAACUUGGAACGCUGGAGGCAGAUCAUCAACAUUGACUAAUGAGAUGGUGUACACCGCUCAAAGCACCUUGGGUUUGGAAACUUGUAUGCAUUUGACAUGCACCAACAUGAAGGUAGAGUUGAUUGAUGAGGCUUUGGACAAGGCUUACAAGUCAGGAUGUCAAAAUAUAUUGGCGUUGAGAGGAGAUCCGCCAUUGGAUGGAAGUGAGUCAACUGGUGAUUUCAAGUAUGCAAAAGAUUUGGUGAGAUAUAUUCGUAAAAAGUAUGGUAACCACUUCAAUAUUGGUGUUGCUGCUUACCCCGAAGGACAACCUGAGGAGGAGGAUGAAGAAAAGACCUUGUAUUACUUGAAAGAAAAAUGUGAUGAAGGCGCCGAUUUCAUCAUCACCCAAAUGUUUUACGACGUUGAUAAUUUUAUCUCAUGGUGUGGUAAAUUACGCAAGAUUGGUAUCGAAAUUCCAAUUAUUCCUGGUAUCAUGCCAAUCUCAACUUAUGCUGCGUUUAUAAGGAGAGCCAACUGGUCACAAAUCAAGAUUCCGCAACAUUUCCUUGACGCUUUGGACCCUAUCAAAGAUGAUGACUACUUGGUUAGAGAAAAGGGAACUGAAUUGGUUAGUGACAUGUGCAAAAAGCUUAUUGACUCGGGCUAUGUCAACCAUUUACAUUUCUACACCAUGAAUUUGGAGAAAUCGACAGUCAUGGCUUUAGAAAAACUCAAUCUCAUUGAAGCCAUCAAAUCUCAUGAAGUUGUUGGUGGUACUGAAUUACCUUGGAGAAAAUCAUUACAUCCUGAAAGAUCCAAAGAGUCCAUCCGUCCUAUUUUCUGGCAAAAUAGAAAAUACUCGUAUAUUUCAAGAACGGCAACUUGGGAUGAGUUCCCCAACGGUAGAUGGGGUGAUUCUCGUUCACCUGCAUUUGGUGACAUUGAUCUUUGUGCAUCAGAGUUAUUGAGGCAAUCACCAAAGAGGGCAUUGGAGUUAUGGGGUGUUCCACAAAACUUGAAACAAUUGAGUGAUUUGGUGGUGUCGUACUUGUCUGGAGACUUGAAAUCCUUGCCAUGGUCUGAUGGGGCUGUUGGUGAAGAUACCAAGGUGAUUAUUGACGAUUUGAUCAAUUUGAACAAACGCGGAUUAUUGACCAUGAACUCACAGCCUGCAUUGAACUCGGUCAAGUCGUCGGAAAAGGUGUUUGGAUGGGGGCCCAAAAAUGGAUAUGUUUAUCAAAAGCAGUACUUGGAAUUCAUUGGGCAUAGAGAUGUAAUUGAGAAAUUGUUGAGCCAUAUCCAACAAUUCAAUAAAUCUCAAGGUGAUGCUACAAGUGCCGUUAUUUCCUACUAUGCUGUUGAUUUGUCAGGAAGAUUGCAAUCCAAUUGUAAACCUGAUGAUAUCAAUGCUGUCACGUGGGGUGUUUUCCCAGGAGAGGAAAUCUUACAGCCAACCAUUGUAGAACAAACUUCGUUCUUGGCUUGGAAAGAUGAGGUGUAUCGCUUAUUUUCUGAAUGGAAUAAUGUCUUGAGUUCAAACUUGGUGGAUAUUGGUGAUGACACCAAAUUGAAAAACUUUAGUCAAUUGAUGAAUACCGUUGGGCAUGACUUUGUCUUGUGCAAUUUGGUCAAUAACGAUUUCAUUGAUUCGAACUCCACCUUGUUCAACUUGAUUUAUGAUUUAAACUUGCCUGAAUUGUCAUAG